AUGUGGGGCGGCGUGCCAUCCGGGGAGCCGAGCGGCGGCGACGAGCCCGACAGGCCGGGGACGGGAGCGCGCCCGGGCUCCCGCGACAGACUCGGCUCCGGGGUGCGGGACGCGUCUUGGCCCCCACCCCCCGGCCCGGGCAGGCGCCCUCCGCCACCCCGGGCGCGGCGCGGGAGGCGGUCAGUCCAUCAGUCGGGCCGGCAGCCGGCCGCGCGUCCCAGGGGGCCGAGGGGGCCGAGGGGGCCCGAAGCGGCCCAGGGAGGGGACGGGGCGACAGCCGGAACCUCGGGGCUGGGGCGCGGGGGGGGCGGUGCGGUCGCUGGGGGGGAGACGGGUGGGGGCUGGAUCCCGUCCUCGCAGGCCUGCGAGGCCCUCCGUGGGGCCGAGGGGGGGGGUGGUUGGGGGUCGGGGGCCGGGGGCCGGGCCUGCCUGCGGGCCCUCCUCGCCCCGCCCCAGGCCCCGCCCCAAGCCUCGCCCCCAGGCCCGCCCCCAGCCCCUAGCAAUUCCCUGGCACCGCCCCCAGCGACCAAGCCACCCAGCCACCCGCAACACCCCCCCCACCUUCGGCCCGGGCCCGCCUGCACCUUCUCUCCGAAGGACAUGCCCUCCGUCCCCCGCGGACCACCGUCCCUUCGGCCCUCAGCCCCGGGGUCCACGCUCCGCGUGCCCAGGACACCAACCAGAUGGCCCGACCGCCGGGGGCCUCAGGCCCCCCGUUGGCGCCGGGCUCCGCGCUCCGUGACCCCGCGACAGCCAAGACCACGGCGACGCGGGGGCGGCCGGCACCCAGGCCCAAAGAGCCGCUCGGGACACAGCAAGACACACCACAGACACUCGCUCCGCGCCUGGGCCAGGGCGCCGCGCACGCACGCAGGCACACGGCCCCGCGGCGGUUCGGCUGAUGGGCAGGAAUGGGAGCGGAACGGCAUCCCUGACACCGUGGCUGCGGGGCCUGCGGCUGCCAGGGCUCCUGACGCAGCUCCAGGGCCUGCGCCCCUCCGGCGGGGUGGCUGCCUCGCCCCCACAGGCCGUGUGGCCCAGCUCCGAGUGCCUGUGUCCUCCUUCCGUCUGUGUCCGGCCGCGCGUCCCAGGGGGCCGAGGGGGCCGAGGGGGCCCGAAGCGGCCCAGGGAGGGGACGGGGCGACAGCCGGAACCUCGGGGCUGGGGCGCGGGGGGGCGGUGCGGUCGCUGGGGGGAGACGGGUGGGGGCUGGAUCCCGUCCUCGCAGGCCUGCGAGGCCCUCCGUGGGGCCGAGGGGGGGGUGGUUGGGGGUCGGGGGCCGGGGGCCGGGCCUGCCUGCGGGCCCUCCUCGCCCCGCCCCAGGCCCCGCCCCAAGCCUCGCCCCCAGGCCCGCCCCCAGCCCCUAGCAAUUCCCUGGCACCGCCCCCAGCGACCAAGCCACCCAGCCACCCGCAACACCCCCCCCACCUUCGGCCCGGGCCCGCCUGCACCUUCUCUCCGAAGGACAUGCCCUCCGUCCCCCGCGGACCACCGUCCCUUCGGCCCUCAGCCCCGGGGUCCACGCUCCGCGUGCCCAGGACACCAACCAGAUGGCCCGACCGCCGGGGGCCUCAGGCCCCCCGUUGGCGCCGGGCUCCGCGCUCCGUGACCCCGCGACAGCCAAGACCACGGCGACGCGGGGGCGGCCGGCACCCAGGCCCAAAGAGCCGCUCGGGACACAGCAAGACACACCACAGACACUCGCUCCGCGCCUGGGCCAGGGCGCCGCGCACGCACGCAGGCACACGGCCCCGCGGCGGUUCGGCUGAUGGGCAGGAAUGGGAGCGGAACGGCAUCCCUGACACCGUGGCUGCGGGGCCUGCGGCUGCCAGGGCUCCUGACGCAGCUCCAGGGCCUGCGCCCCUCCGGCGGGGUGGCUGCCUCGCCCCCACAGGCCGUGUGGCCCAGCUCCGAGUGCCUGUGUCCUCCUUCCGUCUGUCUCCCUUCAACGACGCCCACCCGCAUCCUAGCCGGCCGCGCGUCCCAGGGGGCCGAGGGGGCCGAGGGGGCCCGAAGCGGCCCAGGGAGGGGACGGGGCGACAGCCGGAACCUCGGGGCUGGGGCGCGGGGGGGCGGUGCGGUCGCUGGGGGGAGACGGGUGGGGGCUGGAUCCCGUCCUCGCAGGCCUGCGAGGCCCUCCGUGGGGCCGAGGGGGGGGUGGUUGGGGGUCGGGGGCCGGGGGCCGGGCCUGCCUGCGGGCCCUCCUCGCCCCGCCCCAGGCCCCGCCCCAAGCCUCGCCCCCAGGCCCGCCCCCAGCCCCUAGCAAUUCCCUGGCACCGCCCCCAGCGACCAAGCCACCCAGCCACCCGCAACACCCCCCCCCACCUUCGGCCCGGGCCCGCCUGCACCUUCUCUCCGAAGGACAUGCCCUCCGUCCCCCGCGGACCACCGUCCCUUCGGCCCUCAGCCCCGGGGUCCACGCUCCGCGUGCCCAGGACACCAACCAGAUGGCCCGACCGCCGGGGGCCUCAGGCCCCCCGUUGGCGCCGGGCUCCGCGCUCCGUGACCCCGCGACAGCCAAGACCACGGCGACGCGGGGGCGGCCGGCACCCAGGCCCAAAGAGCCGCUCGGGACACAGCAAGACACACCACAGACACUCGCUCCGCGCCUGGGCCAGGGCGCCGCGCACGCACGCAGGCACACGGCCCCGCGGCGGUUCGGCUGAUGGGCAGGAAUGGGAGCGGAACGGCAUCCCUGACACCGUGGCUGCGGGGCCUGCGGCUGCCAGGGCUCCUGACGCAGCUCCAGGGCCUGCGCCCCUCCGGCGGGGUGGCUGCCUCGCCCCCACAGGCCGUGUGGCCCAGCUCCGAGUGCCUGUGUCCUCCUUCCGUCUGUCUCCGGCCGCGCGUCCCAGGGGGCCGAGGGGGCCGAGGGGGCCCGAAGCGGCCCAGGGAGGGGACGGGGCGACAGCCGGAACCUCGGGGCUGGGGCGCGGGGGGGCGGUGCGGUCGCUGGGGGGAGACGGGUGGGGGCUGGAUCCCGUCCUCGCAGGCCUGCGAGGCCCUCCGUGGGGCCGAGGGGGGGGUGGUUGGGGGUCGGGGGCCGGGGGCCGGGCCUGCCUGCGGGCCCUCCUCGCCCCGCCCCAGGCCCCGCCCCAAGCCUCGCCCCCAGGCCCGCCCCCAGCCCCUAGCAAUUCCCUGGCACCGCCCCCAGCGACCAAGCCACCCAGCCACCCGCAACACCCCCCCCACCUUCGGCCCGGGCCCGCCUGCACCUUCUCUCCGAAGGACAUGCCCUCCGUCCCCCGCGGACCACCGUCCCUUCGGCCCUCAGCCCCGGGGUCCACGCUCCGCGUGCCCAGGACACCAACCAGAUGGCCCGACCGCCGGGGGCCUCAGGCCCCCCGUUGGCGCCGGGCUCCGCGCUCCGUGACCCCGCGACAGCCAAGACCACGGCGACGCGGGGGCGGCCGGCACCCAGGCCCAAAGAGCCGCUCGGGACACAGCAAGACACACCACAGACACUCGCUCCGCGCCUGGGCCAGGGCGCCGCGCACGCACGCAGGCACACGGCCCCGCGGCGGUUCGGCUGAUGGGCAGGAAUGGGAGCGGAACGGCAUCCCUGACACCGUGGCUGCGGGGCCUGCGGCUGCCAGGGCUCCUGACGCAGCUCCAGGGCCUGCGCCCCUCCGGCGGGGUGGCUGCCUCGCCCCCACAGGCCGUGUGGCCCAGCUCCGAAUGCCUGUGUCCUCCUUCCGUCUGUCUGUGUGUGUGUGUGUCGUGGGCACCCGUGUCUGUGUCCCUGCCUGUGCGACGAUGGGGUCCGGCGGCGCGGGCGGCCCCGGCUUGGCUUUGAGCCAGGCGGGCUGA